CAAUUCUUGUUGGAAGAAGCUGCUAAUUUCUGAAGUGCAAGCUAUUAAUUUGUGAGUGAAUUAAUGGUUUGUCGUGGCAUAUUUCAGUGAAAAACGUAAUUAACUUUGGUGGAUGCGCAGAAAGUGUUUUGUUAUCAGAAUUAACGAGUUGCGCAGAACUUGAUUGAUCGCUUGUAACGUAACCUAACCUAAAAACGGAACUACGAUGGGUCUUCCACGGCACAUUCAUCAAUUCAUCAGCCGAACGAUCUUUGUUCAGAACAAUGACGUAGAUAAGGCAUGCCGCUUAUUAAAUCGCAUACUGUCCAAAGAAGACAUCUUUGGACAGUACAGGCGCACGAGGUAUUAUGAAAAACCAACUCAGGUCAGACGUAGGAUCAACUAUGAGAAUUGCAAGUCGAUCUAUAAUGAGGAUAUGGAUAGGAAGAUCAAAUUUCUUCUACGCAAGAACAGAGUAGAUCCUUUUCCCGGUGCAUCGUAAGAUUGCCUAUUCCAUGUUAGAUUGUAUCAUUGCAAUAAAUCUA